AUGGACCGCUAUACCGACGGGAGACGAGAUGCGACAAGAAUCCUGGAGGGACUGGCAGCACAUGAGGCCCCUCUAUUGGAGGAGCUCAAGAUCACGCUUGAUCAGGAUUUCAGCUGGGACGACUACCACCCGACCACACUGCCAAACUUAUUCAAAGGCAGACCCCCACCCAGAUUGCAUCAUGUCUAUCUUGACGAGUGUCUGCUCAGAUUCCCACACGCAAUUUCCUCACCCUCCCUCACGAAACUCACCCUCAACAACUCUUGCCUGUGGUCUACAGUCGACGAAAUGAUCGAGUUCUUCAAGCUCGUUCCCCAGCUCGAGUCAUUCCGAUUCGUCUAUCCUAGCGAUCACAAUCACGGCUUCUCAACGCAACCCUCGCGCAUCCAUCCGUUACGUUGCGUCUCACUCCCCAAUCUCGACGACUUCAAUGUCGAAGCCUCGCUGGACGCUGGACUGGCCAUGUUCAGCUAUAUGGCCUUCCCACAGGAAGCUCACCUCGCAUUAACGCCGAGCGACUGCGAGUCUUCCUCCCUGGACCGCUACACCGAAGACGAAUUGGGGAUCCUCCUCGCCCGCGCCUCUUCCGCCGUGCGCGCCCACUUCGCAGAGCGCAUUGAGGAGGAUGUAUCCUUUAAAUCUGUUACCCUCCACAUUAGCCAUAUCUCGGCCGCGCGAUUACAUCUCGGCAUUCCGUGUGGCCUUCGAGGCGCGCCUCAAGUUCGCGCAGCGGCGGCAUCUGCGUACACGACCAUACCCAUCAUCGCAGACGCGCGGUAUCUCGCCAUCGAUGGAGAGAUGAGCGUCUUCAAUAUGAGGGACCUUGCGUGCUUCAAGCACGUCGAGCACCUGCACGUCGAAGGCAUCGCGUCUGUUCUACUGGACUCUGCGUUGCACGAUGACGACCCUUUCAUGGAUGGAAUGUUUCCCGAGUGUACAGGGAUCACGAUCGGGGGUUUCGACUUCGUCAAGUGGCCGGGUACGAGGCGCGAUGGGUGCUUAGUACCCGAAGGCUUUGCGCAACAUUUCGCGGACGUACUGCAUAGGUGGUGUCGGCGGGCCGGGUUUGAAGUCGGCGUCAAGUUCAGGCGAUGUUUCCUGUCACCUGAUCAAGUGGCCCUCUUCAGAGAGAAGUUUGGUCCCCGCUGUAUAAUACGUGUGCGUUGA